ACAAGUCGUUGAACCUGAAAAGCGCCCUCCCUCUCUCCUUCUCUGUAACGCCCUGACAUUUAAACUCUUUAUCGACCUUCUUGGUUAAUUCUACCCUUUGAUUUCGUCAAGCGGCUAAUUCGCUUUCUAGGCUGCUGGGAAAACAAGUAAAGAUAUGAAGAUUACAGUCAUUGGACAAAGCCUUUUUGGGCAAGAAGUUUAUAAGGAGCUGCGGAAAGAAGGACACCAAAUUGUGGGAGUGUUUACGAUUCCGGAUAAGGAUGGGAAAGCCGACCCUUUAGCAACUGAAGCAGAAAAAGAUGGAGUACCAGUGUUCAAGUUCCCCAGGUGGCGACUGAAAGGAAAAGUGAUCCCCGAGGUGCUGGACCAGUACAAAGCAGUGGGGGCCGAGCUCAAUGUUUUACCCUUUUGCUCGCAGUUCAUUCCCAUGGAGGUGAUUGACUUACCCAAGCACGGCUCUAUUAUCUACCAUCCGUCUAUACUUCCAAGGCACCGUGGAGCCUCGGCUAUUAACUGGACCUUGAUACAUGGUGACAAGAAAGCUGGUUUCACAGUUUUUUGGGCAGAUGAUGGUCUGGACACUGGACCCAUCCUCCUCCAGAAGGAAUGUGAAGUUCUUCCAGAUGACACUGUUAAUACCCUCUAUAACCGAUUUUUGUUUCCGGAGGGGGUCAAAGGCACAGUGGAAGCAGUCCGGUUAAUCGCUCAAGGCAUCGCACCUAAGAUUAUACAGCCAGAAUUGGGAGCAACGUAUGAGGGAAUCCAGAAAAAGGAGAAUGCCAAGAUUAAUUGGGAUCAGCCAGCUGAAGCAAUUCAUAACUGGAUCAGAGGAAAUGAUAAAGUGCCAGGUGCCUGGUCGGUGGUUGAUGGACAGAAAAUUACUUUCUACGGCUCUUCCUUAGUGGAAAAUGGCUCAUCUCCAGACAGCCAGCAGCUCCAAAUCCCUGGCGCAAGCAGACCAGGACUUGUCACCAAAAAUGGGCUGGUUCUCUACGGCAACGAUGGCAAGACGCUACUUGUGAAGAAUCUGCAGUUUGAAGAUGGCAAGAUGAUAGCUGCCUCUCAGUACUUUAAAUCUGGUGAUGACAUGACUGUGAAUUUAACCGAGGAAGAGACGAAGUUGGCAGAAGAGAUUCGGUCCAUCUGGAAAGGCAUUCUGUCCAAUGUGGAUGGCAUUGAGGACUCGACAGACUUUUUCAAAUCUGGAGCUGCUUCCAUGGAUGUUGUGAGACUUGUGGAGGAGGUGAAAAUAAAAUCAAAUGGUCUGGAGUUGCAGAACGAGGAUGUAUAUAUGGCUACCACUUUCAAGGAUUUCGUCCAGAUGUUGGUGCUGAAGCUGCGUGGAGAAGACAGCAAAGACGAGCUACAUGUUGAUUAUGUUGAAAUGCAAGUUAAUAACAUGACCAUCCGCAUGCCUCACCAGCUAUUCAUCAAUGGGCAUUUUCUGGAUGCUGAAGGACAAAAGUCCUAUGAGACCAUUAACCCGACAGACGGCAAGCCCAUCUGCAAAGUAUCUCUGGCUCAGGUCCCUGAUGUUGAUAAAGCUGUAGCUGCUGCCAAAGAGGCUUUUGAAAAUGGACAGUGGGGGAAGAUGAAUGCACGGGACCGUGGGAGGCUCCUCUAUAAGCUGGCCGAUUUAAUGGAAGAACAUCAGGAGGAAUUGGCCACAAUUGAAUCCAUUGACUCAGGGGCGGUUUACACUCUGGCCUUGAAAACUCACGUGGGCAUGUCGAUUCAGACCUUCCGCUACUUUGCGGGUUGGUGUGACAAAAUUCAGGGCCAUACGAUCCCUAUUAACCAGGCUCGGCCAAAUCGAAACCUGACAUUCACGAAAAAGGAGCCAAUCGGUGUGUGCGGGAUCAUUAUUCCAUGGAAUUACCCCCUCAUGAUGCUGGCUUGGAAAGCCGCUGCGUGCCUAGCUGCUGGCAACACAGUUGUACUGAAACCUGCUCAGGUGACACCACUCACAGCCUUGAAAUUUGCUGAACUCACAGUUAAGGCUGGCAUUCCAAAAGGAGUUAUCAAUAUUUUACCAGGAGCAGGAUCCCUAGUCGGGCAGAGAUUAUCAGACCAUCCGGAUGUGAGGAAAAUUGGUUUUACUGGCUCUACAUCAAUAGGAAAACAAAUAAUGAAAAGCUGUGCAGUUAGCAAUGUCAAGAAAGUUUCACUUGAGCUGGGUGGUAAAUCUCCACUCAUUAUUUUCAGUGACUGUGACCUGGACAAGGCCAUCCGUAUGGGGAUGAGCUCUGUUUUCUUCAAUAAAGGUGAAAACUGUAUCGCAGCGGGUAGACUGUUUGUGGAGGAGCCCAUUCACGACAUCUUUGUUAAGAAAGUGGUGGAAGAGGUGAAAAAAAUGAAAAUUGGUGACCCAUUGAACAGGUCAACAGAUCAUGGUCCUCAAAACCACAAAGCCCAUUUGGAAAAGCUAAUUCAAUACUGCCAGACUGGGUGCCAAGAGGGAGCCACAUUGGUGUGUGGUGGCAAGCAGCUACCCCGGCCAGGCUUUUUCUUUGAACCCACUGUAUUCACAAAUGUGGAGGACCAUAUGUAUAUAGCUAAAGAAGAGUCCUUUGGACCUGUCAUGAUAAUCUCCAAAUUUAAGGAAGAUGAUAUUGAAGGAGUCUUGAAGCGUGCCAAUGACACUGAGUUUGGCCUUGCCUCUGGUGUCUUCACUCGGGAUAUCAGCAAAGCUAUGUAUGUGAGUGAGAAACUGCAAGCUGGCACUGUGUUCAUUAAUACCUACAACAAGACAGACGUCGCGUCUCCAUUUGGAGGUUUCAAGCAGUCUGGCUUUGGAAAGGAUCUGGGUGAAGAAGCUCUUAAUGAAUAUCUGAAGACUAAAGCUGUGACAAUUGAAUACUAAAGGCACAAAAACUACCGUGAACACAAUUGUUAACUUAAAAUAGAAGCUCUCUUGUUAACAGAAGAGUACAUCAUCUUCCAAACUGGUUCCUUUGGAGCAGUUAUUAUUUUCUUGUUUAUAAAUGUUUUACUAUUCAGUGUUGAAUGAGACAAUUUUAGAGUGUAAAUAAAGUCUCAUAUAACAGAAACCCUUUUGAUAUAAAAUAAAUCUGCUGUGCUUACUUUGAA